AUGGAUGAUACGCUGGUGAUGGGAUCGGAAUCAAAUGCAGUAAUAGGAGGUGGCACAGGCGGAGGGGGUGGAGGAUUCAUACCCUCUUCUCUCCCCUCUCCGCCUGCAUCGUCAGUCAACUCGAACUCCACCGUCACGCCGAGUCUCCCACAACAAAGAAAACAGUCUCUGAGGCCAGGAAGUGCCAAAGAGAUGACAGUCAUAAACUUUGUCGACAGUCACAUAACAGCCAUAAACCGACGCCACGCAAAAAAAUUCAGUAGUGCGUUCGCCGAGGACGAGUGUGAGGCGGACCGUGGCUAUGAGAAUUUCCGGGAGGUUGCAAAGGACAUGGAAACGAUUGUUGAUGUGCUUUGGGUUAGUGGGACUCUCCUACUAAACACCUACCUCCCGGACUUCCCUUUUUCCGCACGGGCGACCUUUAAACUUAUCAAGAAACUUGACACCAUUUUCGCUUCUCUGCUGCUUGGGAAAGACUUGCAAACCGGUAAUCCAUUGCCGGGCUUCGAAGGCAAGCUUGGAGUGGUUUCCAUGACAGAAAAGGUGAGGAUUAAGAGCAUUGCGGAGAGCACGCGGAUUAUUGUUGUCAGUGCGCAAGGGAAUGAGGACGGGGAAGGCGGUGUAUGUAUGGAUAUGGAUGACGACGAUGAUGAUGAUGGCGAUGCGGAUUACGAUGGUGGGCAGGGGGGAAGGCUGGGAUUUGAGGGUUUUGGGGAUGAACUUGGGAAAUGGGAAAUGGAAUCUGGGAGGGUAUACGAGAGGACUAUUCAGAUAUUGGGCGAUGAGCUAGGGAAGCAGGAUGGUACUCAUUUCCUACCCUUAAACAACCCAAUGCUUAUGACAUGUGCUACUGUGACGUACCACAAGCACGAUGUUGGUUGGCUAGCCCCCAAGGCGAGCCCAGGGCAGUUGCAACCUCGUCGAGCAUUGGCGAAGCUCGCGGAGAUAUACUGCCAUACUGUCGCUGAUACAACAUCAAGAGAGUUGACUUCAGGGAGAUGGCGAUGGAAGGAGAGACACUCGUACUCACGCACAAAAUCGGGAGGGGAGCGUUUCUACCAUGGAAAACAAGGAUCCAUCGCGAGUGAAUUAAUACCCCUUUAUGAUGAGUACAGAUCAACUCGAGAGAAAAAUCCAGUUGAUGACUAG